AUUUUUUACUUCGCGAAAAUCCAUGAGGAUUUUGACUCUUUUCACUCUCGAGCACCCCCACUUCGAUAAAUCUCCCUACUCAUCCUUUUCGAUUUCCCUCACACCCCCCCGGCCUCCCCCCAUUUAUAUUGUGCACCAAGCCUUCUAUCCUCCCACCACUUCCCUCUCUCUCUCUCUCUCUCUCUCUCUCUCUCUCUAUCUCCUUCUCUCUCUCUCUGUUGAGUUUCUUUCACUGAUAGGAAAAUGGGAGAUAUUUCUUGUUCCAAUGGUAUUUCCAAUGGCAAUGGAGUUCAUGGGAAAAGCCUUCCACUAAAUGGUUAUAGGAAGAGCUGUUGGUACGAGGAAGAAAUCGAAGAGAAUUUGAGAUGGUCUUUUGCUCUCAACAGCAUAUUGCAUACAGGAGCUACUCUGUACCAGGACAUUGCGCUUUUGGACACAAAGCCCUUUGGAAAGGCUCUAGUCAUUGAUGGAAAGCUUCAAAGUGCUGAGACAGAUGAAUUCAUCUACCAUGAAUCUCUUGUUCAUCCAGCACUUCUCCAUCAUCCAAAUCCAAGGACCAUCUUUAUUAUGGGAGGAGGUGAAGGUUCCACAGCAAGAGAAAUUCUUAGACAUAAGACUGCAGAGAAGGUUACCAUGUGUGACAUUGAUGAGGAGGUGGUGGAAUUUUGCAAGUCAUACUUGAUUGUAAACAGGGAAGCUUUCUGUGAUCCAAGACUUGAGCUAAUUAUCAAUGAUGCCAGGGCUGAGCUAGAAAGCAGAGAGGAGGGUUAUGAUGUGAUCAUAGGCGACCUGGCCGACCCCAUUGAGGGAGGCCCAUGUUACAAACUCUACACCAAAUCCUUCUAUGAGUUUACUAUCAAGCCUAGACUCAAUCCGGGUGGCAUUUUUGUCACACAGGCAGGGCCAGCUGGAAUAUUCAGCCACACAGAAGUAUUCUCUUGCAUUUACAACACUUUGAGGCAGGUUUUCAAAUAUGUGGUGCCUUUCUCUGCUCAUAUUCCUUCUUUCGCUGACACUUGGGGAUGGGUGAUGGCUUCUGAUACUCCUUUUUUGCUGGGUGCUGAUGAGUUGGACGUCAGGAUGAAGCAGAGGAUCAAAGGGGAGAACAGAUAUCUUGAUGGGAAAACAUUUUCCUCGGCAUCCACUUUGAGCAAAGCCGUGAGGAACUCGCUGGACAACGAGACACAUGUGUACACAGAAGGAACAGCAAGGUUCAUAUAUGGACAUGGCCAUGGCAGUGCCCAUAGAAAUACUAAAGGGUGAGAAUUAAGGGAGCAGAAGGGUGGCCCUAUACCAAAGCACAAAGAAAAAUGAGACUACUGCAAGUGAACACAAAUCUUGGGUUUAUUUUAUCUAUAUUUCUAUUCCCCUUCUUCUUCUUCUUCUUUUUUUUCUUGUUUUUUUUUUCUUUGCAAGUGUACUUACUUGAAAGGUUUGAUAUAAUGGUAAUGGUGGGUCUUUUGUUU